GUCAGGAAUAUUCUGAACUUCCCCAUCACCACCCGCGCGGCCGCGCAUAUCCCCGUUCGUCCUCCUCUGCAUCCACCCUCCUAUUUAUCUCGCCUCCUCUCCGUCCUCCCCCACACCCACAUUCCACCACGAAUUCACUCCCCCACCAUUUCGAUUCCAAUUCUGGUUGCUCCCACCCACAACCACAAUGAAGUUCGGCAAGAGCCUGAACAACCAGAUCGUGGAGACGCUCCCCGAGUGGCGCGACAAGUUCCUGUCCUACAAGAACCUCAAGAAGCGGCUCAAGCAGAUCGGUGCCGGCGCCGCGGGCGGCGAGCGGCGGAGCAAGCGCCAGCGCGUGGGGGGCGGCGGCGCCCCGCCGGCGAUGACCGCCGAGGAGGCCGGGUUCGUCGCCCUCCUCGACGCCGAGCUCGACAAGUUCAACGCCUUCUUCCUCGAAAAGGAGGAGGAGUACGUCAUCCGGCAGAAGGAGCUGCAGGACAGAGCGGUGAGCGCGGCGGAGACGGGGUCGCCGGAGGACCUGCUGCGGGUGCGGAAGGAGAUCGUCGACCUCCACGGCGAGAUGGUGCUGCUCGAGAACUACAGCGCGCUCAACUACACCGGACUGGUCAAGAUCCUCAAGAAGUACGACAAGAGGACCGGCGCGCUGAUCCGGCUGCCCUUCAUCCAGAACGUGAUGCAGGAACCCUUCUUCACCACCGACCUCCUGUACAAGCUCGUGAAGGAGUGCGAGGCGAUGCUGGAGCAGCUCCUGCCGAGGAGCCAGCCGCCCGCGCCACCGAGCGACGACGCGAGGGAGGACAGCGACGGCGACGGCGACGACAAGCCUGUGGCUGCCACCGGCUCGUCGUUGGCCAGCGGCGGUGGCGCGGCCCUGGAGCUGGAGGAGAUCGAGGACAUGGAGAGCACGUACAUGAAGAGCACCGUGGCCGCGCUCAGGUCGCUCAGGGAGAUCCGGAGCGGGAGCUCCACGGUGAGCGCCAAUGGGCGUGUGGAGGAGCCGGAGCAGGGCUGACGGGCUGCUGCCGUUUGCGUGGAUCGAAUCGACGGAGCAGCCAUUGUCGUCAGGUGGCCGGACAGAUUGAUGUGUAAAAUACUUCUGUGCUCAAUGCUCAGAGAAGAUUUUCUUCGGUUCGGUGCCAAUGUGCCAUGUACCCAGCGAUUGUUUUCACACAUAAUAUGGCAACUGAUGUAAAAGUGGGAUAAUAUCUUACACCGUAUAUAUAUAAAAAUCUUGAGAAGGAUUCAAUAUGGAUUUGACACUA